GAGCGCACUCAACCCGUCCCCAACCCAUGCCCAUGGUGGGACCAAUUCCCGGACUUCGUCCCCAACCCCGACGCCGGGUUCCGGAGCCGCUUCGACAAGCUCGCCAACAUGCAGGCCUGGACGGCUCGGGAGCGCCAGCAGUGCAAAGUCGAGGCUCUUGAGGCUCACCUCGCCAUGGGUACGGAGGGUCAGUCCAAGCUGGACAUCUAUCGCGAGCUUUGUGUCGAGGUGGGCGUUGUGCCGGGCGAGUCGAUUACCAAGUGCAAGAAGGCCCUCAAGUCCGUCUACAUCAACCUCGUCAACCUCAUCGAUACGCGGUGCAACCCCAAGAUCCCACUACUUCCCUUCGACACGUAC